AUGUCGGCAGCACCCGACCAGAAGGUCUCGCCCCAGCUGCAGCAAUUCAUCAUGGAGGAGCAGGCCAAGGCCCAACUUCAGCAGACGGUGGCCCGCCUGACAGACGAGUGCUGGGACAAGUGCAUGGGCACACCAGGUAGCUCUCUCAGCAGCAGGGAAACAGCCUGCCUCGACAACUGUGCUCGACGAUUCCUGGACACCACCCAGUUCGUGGUCAAGUACUUCCAGAGCAAGGCCCAGGCACACUCUGGCGGUUUCUGA